AUGGUCGAAGGCGCUGCGCGGCGCGGGGAAAAGUCUACACGGUUCGACAUGUCACUGCUAGCAGCUUUGCUAGACCGGUGGCUGUCAGAGACGCACACCUUCCACCUCCCAGUGGGUGAGAUGGCCCCCACACUUGAGGAUGUCUCCCUGCUACUUGGCCUUUCUUGUGCUAUGGGUGUCGUUGCCGCGAUGGACGUCCCACCUAGCUGGCGUGACGAGCUGUUGGGCCGGUUUGCGGACAUUCAGCACAAAGAUGGUGCCCCGUUGUAUCACACCUUUAGCUCCACACACGAGCCCAUGAAGGCGUGGCUCUUGCAGUUCAAUGCUGACUACACGAGGGACGACGCCACAGUAUCGCGACACUUGGAGGUGUACCUACUGUGGUUCUUCGGGUGGAUCAUGUUGUGCACGUCGCAGGGGAACUCAGUGCCUAAGAACCUACUUCCUUACGCGAGGGCCAUUGCGAAGGCCCCGCUCGACGACUUGUGGUUAUACGAGCAGUUCCCGAUCGAGCGGCCACGGAUUGACAUGUCCCCCUAUCAGGAGCUGCCUUUGGACCACGAUGACGUCGACAGGCCCAUGAUGGGGUCGUUGUGGUGCUUGAGGAAGGGAUCGUGGGUUGGAGUGCAGACGAAGAAGUCAUACCCGGAUUUCGCGAGUCAGUUCGACACUCUUGUCGACAUCGACGUGAGGUGGAGACCCUACACCAUCGAGGAGGUGCAGGCUUGUGCCCCACACGGCCUCUCUUUGUUGUGCCAUCGGGACAUGGAGUGCUGGAGGACGACGAGGCCACUUGUCUACGACAUCCACGUCGAGAACUACGCUGUUCACCGUGUCAUGAGGAAGUUCAGCCUGUACCAGCAGUCCCCACUUCUUGUUACGUCUGUUGUCCCGGCGGCUAUUCACAGGCCACCGCAUGCUCCCAUGGAUCCCGAUUCUGCCGCCGCCUCGUCGGCCCCUACGUGGCGCCGCGCGGUGAGGCGUCGCGCGCUGGAGGGGGCACAGGAGCCGGAGCUUGGCCGGAGGGCGGAGGAGCUGGAGGAGGCGGUGGGGCGGCUGAGGGCGGAGAAGGAGGCCGCGGAGCGCGCCGCGGCGGCGCUGCGGGCGGAGCUGGACGCGGAGCGCGGGGCCGCGGAGACCGCGGUGAGCGAGGCGAUGCUGAUGAUCGCGCGGCUGCAGAGUGAGAAGGCGGUGGCGCUGAUCGAGGCCCGCGAGUUCCGCCGCCUCGCCGAGGGCCGCGCCGGCCGCGACCGCGAGCUGCAGGACGAUCUCGCGGCGGUCUCCGCGCUCGCCGCGUCGUACGCCGCCCUCCUCCGCGCCCACGGCGUCGACCCCGAGGAUGAAGAGGACGGCGGUAAUUACGAUGAUGAGGAGGAGCAUUCCGUCGAACACCUCGAGGCGGAGGCGGAGGCGGACGGAGAGAGCCGAGACAGCGACGUGGAGACCAAGUGCGCGGUGGUCGAGAUCGAGAAGGCGUCGCCCUCGCCCCCACCGCCUACGGCCGAGAAGGAGUUCGAGUACACGAUGGACGUGAGAUGCACCGCCACGACGAACGCCGUUGUGACGGCGGCGGGGGAGGAGCGUGCCGUCGAUAUCGCGGGGGGUCUCGGUCUCUACGCGAGGGUGGAGGCGCUGGAGGCCGACAGAGCGGCGGUGCGGCGGGAGGUGGCUGCGCUGCGAUCAGAGCGCGCGCAUGUGGUGCUGGCGCGGCGGCUGUGGCUGAAGGCGGCCUCGGCGAGGUCAGUCGCCAUGGCAGCGGAGAGGCCGCGCUUCUCGGUGCUCGCCAUUUGCAAGUGGUUCUUCUCCACAAUCUUAUGGGGAACGAAACGUUCUGCAUCUGCAUCUGCAGCCAGCUCGUCGUCGACUGCGUUCCUCUUCGGCCAGCUUCUACUCCUGGAGAGAUUCAAGGGCGAUCACCGGAUUCGGAGCAGUCGGUCUCCAUCACCCCACAACCAAAUGCCUGCAAACGGAGACACCGGGCUCGCCUGUUGCGAGCGGCCAUGGUGUUCCCCGUUGUGAUGACUGCUUCAGCUUUUAGUAUCUGGUUUCGAAUCCUAAGUUUAGGCCUAUUUGGAACGCAAGAAUUUCAUAGUAUGUUGUUCAGUCAGUAAUCCGAGAAAAUUCCCGUGUUUUAAACAGGGCCUUAAGCCUAACGCGUAUGUGUAGUUCAAUUCGUGUAUAGCUCUUGUAAAAUAGAGGGUUAACUCAAACAUCCUGCACGUAACGUAAU